UCUGGGCGGUGAUCUUUAUAGAACAGUUCACAGUUUGUUUGAAACUCUGUAUCUUGAGUUAAAGAACGAGACGCAUGAAUGUUUGGACGUAACAUUUGGAAACUAUCUGAACUUUACGGCGUGUUUAAAGAGGUUUAACAAGCAAAACCUGAUCUGGAGAAGAACAGUUUUUCGUCUCGGCCCCGCGCCUGGACGUAUUGAACAGUAUGGUCUGCACCACCAGUGCUGCCUGACUGAAGAAAAGAAAUGUCAGACAGCUUGUACAGGCUGGAGGAUGAAGCCUUCCCCAGUUUCCUCACCAAGUCUCUGGACAGCACCAGCGGCCGGGCCAGCCUCGGGAACGUGACUUUGGGCUCAGGUCCGGGUCUGCCUGUGGCUGCUUCCACUGGGGCUAAAAUUAGACCCAGUUCUAACAGAGAAGAUGUUGCUGAGGCUUCAUAUCUGGAGAGCAGAGAUCUGCCGCAAACCAACUCAUCUGUUGUAGAACAGCCCAAGUUUGCCCUCAGCUUCAAAGAUGACUUGAACACCGCAGAUGACUUCAUUGCAGCCCACCGCCUCUCAGAUGUGCUCAUGAAGAUCAGUCUGGAUGAAAGUGCACCCAGGAACCAGGGCUCAGUGCUUCCUGUGCAGACUGGCUCAGGGUCCAGUCGUCCCUCAGAACUUGGAACAGAUUUGUCAACGGGCCUUUUGAUGUUUGCUCAACUGGAACAGAAGAGUGGUGCAGAUGUAAAGGCCUUAUCUGCUGCAGCUGAGGACAGUGACAGUGACCAUUUCAGUGGCAGUAACUCGAGUUUCCUGGCCAAUGAAAAGCUGAUGUCUGUGGACAGCAUGAACAGUGAUAUCACAGAUGAUGACAUGGAUUUAGUCAACCUGCCUGAAGGAGAAUUGGAGCUUUAUUUUAAUAAAUUGGUCCRUCCUGCAAUGCAGAGAGGCAGAGUGGAGGGGCAGGAGAUCCCUGUUACGGGAAGUGGAGGAGCUGCUGAUGACGCAUCAGAUUCAGGUUCUAAAGAGGCGGAGCAACAAAGACAACACUUCUUUGAUCAGUAUGAUCAGGAGGACUUCCAGAUGCCUGACGUGCGCCUUGCUGCUACAGGCAUGGACUCCUGUCCAGCCAGUGAUGAGGACACUGAGGAUGAGCUGGAGUCAGCGAGAAGGAACCGGAACGUUAGCAGGACACGACUGCAACCAAGCACAUCCAGACAGCUGGUUGGAGAAAGUAACCAUUCGAGUUUCAGGCCAGGUUUAGAAGGGGGCAGUUCAGAUGAGGAGGUGUCCACUGGUCAUGCUGGUCUGUCUCUGCUGCCUGGYAUUGAACAAAGGAGAUCUGCUGAAGGACAAGUCAUCAGCUCUCCUCCCACUGCACCAGGAGAUGGAGGAGGUGGAGACGGGAGCAGUGGCAGUGAGGCAAGUGGAAAUGAUGGUGGAGUUUCAACCAUACCUCUUACAUCCAACAACGUCCAGACCACCUACGACGCCCUGCGUGGUCUGGGGAUAGUUGGGAGCAGUGUCAUCAGUGAAGACGAGAACUCUGAGCUGAGAAACCUGCUAGAACAUGGAAGGAAUGGUCUUCCCAGACACAUAGAGAUGGGUGACCGUGUGGGUCCUGUGGGAACUGGUGAGACCAGCUCCACUGUGGCGACAUCUGCAGGAUUUCAGAGACAUUCUGUCAACYGGAGCACAGUGUUGGACCGACAAGUGGCCUUGGAUGCCAUGGAAAGCACCAACUGUGGGCCUGCUGCUGAUCAWAUGCUGGACUCUAUGUUCUGGAGAAGACCUCAGGAUUCAACAAACCUGACUGUUUCUCACCUUCAAGGCACUCAGGGGAGCUUCCACCUCUCCCAGGUGCUGCUUCCUAACUGCGGUGAAGAGGAGGAGGAGGAGGACGAGGGAGUGGAUGAGCUUGAUGGGGCCAGACCCUCGUUGGGUUUGAAGGCAGGGCCCUGCUGUGAUGUGGCUUCAGGUGUUUCGAGUGAGGAUGACAAUCCCCUCUCCACCUCCCUGGAACCCAAGUAUUUCUCCCAGAGCUUCCAGGAAGAGCAGGAAGAUUCAGACGAAGGGUGGGAUCAUUGUCCGGACAAUCUGGAGUUUCAGCAGGGAGCCAAUGCUACUCACAGCAUAGUUUACCAGAAUGAAGAGGGACAGUGGGUGACAGAUCUGGCGUAUUACUCCAGCUUUCAGAAAGAGAUGGAUGGAAAAACAGUAGAGUGUGAUGAUCAGCUUCAGAAUGAGGACUUUGUACCUGCCAGUGAUGCYAUGGAGAAAAUAAUAAAGGACCAAGAGGAGUUUGAAAAAGAGCACCAGUUUAUGCAGGAAGAGCAAAUUGAACCAGCGAGCGGAAACGACACCUUUCCUGGUGAUUCGUCCUGGAAGAUUCCCACCAACAGCCACAUCCUGAUGAGGACGUCCCAGGUGUCCUCAGAUUUUAGGCAGGGAGAUGAAAGUUACCUGCGGUUGUCUUUGGGACAGUUUUUUGGGCAUCGCUCUGAAGCCUUGGGCUGUUUGGGAAGCGCUGACGAGGUGAAAAGGCCAUCCUUUGGUUACGUCAUUACCUCUCCAGAGAAGAGGGAACCGUUCCCCCUCAUUAACCUCUCAGCAAUCUCACCUGAGCUAAGUUCUCCCAACAAUGCCACAGUGGACCUCGGUGAAGCAGACAAAACUCUCAGCCCAGAGGACCUGGACAAAACUCUUGAUGCUCCAAGUCAAAGGAUGCCACCAAAAGGGGAUACUGCUCCAGAACCUUCUGAAUCCCAGGACCAUACUCUCAGCGCUGCUUUGUCUAAACGUUGUCAAUCCUCAACAUCUGAGUCAAGUCUGGGAAACCAAAGUGGUGUGUCCCCUGACAGUAACAGCAGUCAGCUGAUGCUUAGUAUCAGCACGAUUGCUUCGGCCAUUGUGAAUGCAUCCAUCAGCACCGACCCGUCGCAGCUGGCCGCCAUGAUCGUGGAUCUGUCCAASAAGAGUAGAGCGAGGAGGAGGCCAGAGCUCGCCGGCAGCAACRCAGAGGAAGCUGUUGCAGCUAAACCAGUCCUGCCUCAUUUGGACAAGAGCGCACUCACAGACACCAUUCAGAGAAAUCUCUGUGCUGGAGAGAUUACUGCCUUUGACAUUGAGAAGUACCUGAAGAGCAGCAACCUGUCUGGUACCAGCGAUUCCUCUGAAGGACAGGCAACUUUCGACUUGAGCGGCUGGGCUGAGAGUCUGAGCAGCUCACAGAAGAGCCGACAGGCAGAACAUCCAGCAAAACAAGAGAACAAAGACUUGUCUUCAAGUACAAACUCUGAGGGAAAAGACCAAAGCGGGGGCMUGUCACUUGCAAAUCUCAGCUCCUCAGCAGUGCCUCUUUCUGAUGAUCAGUUGGCAGCAAAAAGCAGCUCUGUUCCUCGCCCUCGAGCUUCUCUCAGCUCUUCUAGAAAGCCUGUGGAUUUGGGUCAGUCCUCCUCUCUCAGAUCUCCUGCAGACAAGCUGAACUCUUGUGACAGUGCUGCUGCUUYAACCAGGACUCAGAGCUUUUCAGGUAGAACCCAGUUACAGAAUGAUACCAAGCCAGGAGACAAGGACCUCAAAGCAGCAAACAUGAGUUCUGAACAGGAUUAUAAAAGCUUACCCAGAACCUCCCCACGUGGCRGUAAACAGCAGCCUGGCCUUCCUGCACUCAAAGCCUCAUCCCCUUCAAGCCAGAGGCUGAGGAGUGUAGGUCAGGAGCUCCAGGACAAAUCUGGUGACUUUCCACAGAAGAAACCAUCUGGGAAUCUAAAAUCUCCUAAAUCUGUAGAGAAACACGCCGGCGUCUCCUGCCAGAACUCUCAGCCUCUAMAAAACUCCACAUCUGGAUUGAAUAGUUUUCCAGAGCCAUGUGUAGAGGAGACGAAUUGUAGCUUCAGACCCUCGACCUCUCCUCUUACUCACUCCUCGCCAAGUCAGACUUCCAUUCCCAGUGCUGACAGUAUGCGCUCACCUUAUCCGUCCAACAGAGGWGUUGCCGACAGACCUCCAGGUCCUGAGAUUUCUCCUGAGUCUGUGUGUUCCAGCCCCAGUCUUAGCAGGCUCACUUACAUUUCAAUGAAUGAUGGCACAGUUGUGCCCACACCUGAACGGCAAAAGAAUGACUCCACUAUGGCCCUGAGCACCACCAUCGUCAGGUUCAGUCCAACUCCUCCUGUAGAAGCAGAAGCACAGCCGAACCUGGACGACAACGGUGCAUCCAAAAGCCUCGAUAAUGUGCAGCCUCAKCAUUCUAAAAGUCUGGACCCCCUACCAGCACAGCCGUGUAAAAGUCCAGAACCGUCACGCAGCGGGUCUGCUCUGAGCUGCACCCGCAGCCACAGUGACUGUAACUACAAGUGUCCUGGUGACGUUUCUGCAGGAUGCAGGAAUCACCAGCAUGUCUCUGAGUCCGGCGUGAGGAAGCUCAUUAAAGUGGAUUCUGGUUACAGUAGUAAUCUGAACGUCCAGCAGACGAGCAGCUCUGCAGCUCCUCAGGUCUCUCAGGCCUGGGGCCUCGGACUGCCUCCUCCCUACUCAGUUGAGGGACUUCAUUAUGUCCCCAUCCCCAGCUUUAAGUCUCAGUGUCCUGGCCUGAUGGAACCGUCCCACAAAGGAGAUCUUCAGUCCCUCCUUACCAGACGCUCCCUUGUCAACUCCCAGUUACCUCUUCAGUAUUUAGGGCCUGAAGCUCCGCUGCACCCAGGUGCUUUUCAUGUGGGCCCUGCAGGAAACAGUCUGUACACCGUGGCCUCUACAGGCAUCCCAAACUGUCGUCUUAAUGUGGGACACAUUCAUCCCCCAUCAGGGCCGUUGGGGAUUCCUGGAGCUGGUGGGCCUCCUCACCUCCGCAUGCCUCAUCAGAGUCAGCAUGAGAUGGGAAUGAUGGGGAAAACUUACAGUCAUUACGGUGCAGAACCUCUGGUGUCUAGCAGUCUUGAUGAACUGAGAGACCAGGUAGUGGUGCCCGAGGAGCUCUGGUUUCCUCAUGCCUGUUGUGUUGGCAUUGCCUCACAGACCUCGCUCAGCCUCUUCAACCCGUCUGAGAGGUGGCAGCAGGUCUCCAUCACUGUCACCAGCCUGGCCAUCGAUGGAGAGAAGGUGGACAGCUUGCCUUACCAGUGGCUGAUGGUGAAAAACAAAACCAUUAUUGGCCCCAAGAGUACAGAGGAGCAGAAAGUGCUGUUCAUCCCUCAGCAUCCUGGCGUCUAUCARUGUAUUCUGAAUGUUUGCUCCUGGCCAGCGUCUGCUGAGCCCGAGCUGGCUGCCAGAGCAAAACUCUUUGCCAAAAGAGUGGUGCUUGUUGCUGUUGCAGAGAAUCCUGCCUUAGAGAUUGAAGUGAGCAAAUCUGGCUCUUUGGAUUUUGGAGAUCUACCAGCAGGCAGUGCUAAAUCACUUCCUCUGAAACUGCUGAACAGAACCCACGCCACAGUACCCAUCCGCCUGGUCAUCAGUGCAAAUGCCACAGCAUGGCGAUGCUUCUCCUUUUCCAAACAGCCGGUUCUUCUCACGUCUGAGGCCGCCCAGCAGGCUGCACAGGUCGCCCCGGUGUCCUCGCCCUCAGUGAUAAAUCAUGUGAUGCACGCCAGCUAUGGAGAGAAUCCAGAGAGCUUCAUGGUUUGGAUUCAUUUCAAGGCUCCUCAGAAGUACAUGGCUUCUUCAGGAGAGCUUGGUCCGGCUGAUGAGUACGGUGCUCGGGUCGACAUCGAACUGGACUCCCCUGGUCCCAGUCGUGUUAUCAGAAGUAUUCCCCUCAAGGCCCGAUCUGGAACUGCAAGGGUCCAUGCUCCUAAAGACCUUCAGACCGUUCACUUUUGUGUCCCUGUGGGUAAAAGCAGUGAACAGACGGUGCCAUUAAAGAAUGCAGGAAACAUUGAUGUUCAGCUGAAACUCAAGAUCAGUGAAAACAAUGAUUGUUUUGCUGUGACACCAAAUGAACUGACCCUGAGUGUUGGAGAAGAACGGGGCAUUGUUGUAUCUUUCAAAGCACAAAACAACAAAAAAUAUAAAGAAAGCCUUCUCACAGUCCUGGUGCUCCCGUUGGGCCCUCAGUAUGAAAUGAUGCUGAAAGGAGAAGUUCUACCUUCGGACUCUGGCCGUGUUCCUGUCUGUGCUCCUGCUCUGACCAGUGACGUCCCACCAAUCCUUUCUAACAAGCAGUUUGUGGCCUGGGGAGGGGUGACCCUGGGACGAGCUGUCCAACAGAAGCUGGUUUUAAGGAACAACUCGAAUGGCACCACGCAGCACCUACGCUUACUCAUUCGUGGUCAAGACCAGGACUGUUUCCAGCUUCAGAGUAUGUUCAGCCCUGAGGAGUGUCUCACCCGGCACGGAGAGCUGUCCAUCCGUCCCAAGGAAGAUGUGACCAUCCACCUGCUGUUUGCCCCCACCAGGGUGGCGUGCAUGCUGGCCAAGCUGGAGAUCAAACAGUCCGGGGUCCGGCCUUCGCAGCCAGGGGUCAAAUUUAUUAUUCCUCUGUCUGGCUACGGUGGUACGAGCAACAUCAUCCUGGAGGACCAGAGGAAGCAGGGCGAUGGCUACAUUGCAACGCUGACCGACGUUGCUGUCGGUUGUGUCAGUAAAGUGUGUCUGUGUGUAAGAAACACYGGCUCCAGAGCAGCCUUCGUCAAAGCUGUGGCUUUCUCCGACCUGCCAGCCCGGUCAGUUCUGGAGCCCUCUGUCCUGAGCCUGGCCCCGUCUCAGUUUGUCCUGAAGGAAAGGACGCAAGAGGUGGUCACGGUGCUGAUGAAGUCCACCCAACGAGAGCAGAGUCUGUGUGAGUCAGCAGAGUCCCCUCUGGCCACAGUCUGCCUUUUCUGUGGAGAUGAGGUCUCCAGGCAGCAAUACAGGAGAUUACUUCAGAACAAACCAGAAGCCRCGUGGAAAGCUCUGUCUGAGAACAGUUUGCUGAAAAACAUCGACUUCAAUGAAAAGUUCCUGGGGGAGGAACAUGUUAAAGAGGCAUAUGACCUACCACAGAGGCCCAAUGAGGCCCACAUCUUCUACAGCAACAUGAGUAAGAUGAUGGUCUCACUUCUGGGUCGUACAAAGAAUCCAGAGUGUGACCAGAACAACCAGAGCAAACUGCCGCCGUCCGCCAGACAAAGCUCAGAGAUCGAAAGUGUUUGGCCAAAUAGCAAUGUGUCUCUGGAUGUUCUGCCUGUGAGGGGUCCACAGGGUCCAGCCCUGAGAGUCGGAGAAUCUUCCUCAAAGACCUCAGAGUCACUGCAGUCCCAGUCGGAGUCCUGGACCAUCCACCCACAACAACUUGUCCUCGCUGCUCCCACCAUCAACGGUCCGUCCAGCACCAGCCACGUUCACAUUCGAAACAAUACUUCCAGAGAGCUGAGCUUUGAUUUGUCGUGGCCGGCACACUGCCUCACCAUCACACCACAGCACGGACUUAUUGAGCCCCAGUGCCACCUGCAGAUUCUAAUCAGCCCCAGUCCUUCACUGGCCACCAAACUGGCCCUGCUGCCAUGGAGUGGACAGAUUUAUGUCCAGUGUGACGGUCAACAGAAGUUCAUUAAGGUCCAGAUUCGUCAGGAUUUGGCUCUGGACGUGUCUGCGUCCCCAACAGAUCCAUCUCUGUCAGCCCUGUCGGCUCAGGCUGCCACUCCUGUGCUGCCUGUGGCCAGAAUCAGCAGCAAGCCCUCACCAGCCCCUCUGACCACUCAGCCCCAGGUGCAAAUCAGCAACAAGACCAUCACGUUUCCUCCGACUCUUUCAGGGGAAACYUCAGAGGCCCAGCUGGAGGUUCAGAACGGUGAAGUGGAAGUGAGGUGGUACCUGUCGUCAUUUGCUCCUCCGUACGUCAAGGGGGUUGAUGAUACUGAAGAUGUUUACAGAGCUACCUACACUGCUUUCAGGUGUUCCAAGGUCUCAGGAACCCUAGGAACCUGUGAGAAGAUGCAGGUCUUGGUUACCUUCCUUCCCAGAGACAGAGGGACUUAUGUUCAGUUCUGGGACUUGGAGUGCCAUCCUGUGUCUGAUCCUCAGCAGAAAACCAGAAUCCGCUUCCAACUUUCUGGCACUGGAGUCAAACCUGGACCAGUGGAGGAACCACAGGAAGGAAACUGCUCUUUGGUGAAAACAGAAGCCACAGUAAAAAGCAGGAAGAGAUCCGAUGCUUCAGCCGUCAAAACCAGCCAGGAGGAGGCUGUGAGGAGGGGGGUCUACUCUCCUCAGGACCUCUACACCUUCCCAGACACUAGAGUGGGAGAGUCCAGCUCUCUGAAGGUCAACAUCCGAAAUAACUCCUCAGACAUGCAUGAGCUGAAAUUUGUGAAACCUAGGGAGCCCUUCUACAUGAAGCAUUUGGAGUAUUCCCUGAGGUCGCAGCAUUACGUGAAGCUUCCCGUCCAGUUCAAGCCCACCUCAGCGGGCAGACAUACUGGCUUCCUGCUCGUCCAAUCAGAAACCAGCGGGAGCCUGGUGGUUCAGCUGAGUGGUGAGGCUUUGCCUUGAACUGCGCCCCCUCCUCCCGUCUGGUUCCACGUCCACUUCCCGCCUGGCUUCAGCUGUUCGUCGUGUGUCAGAGCAGAACAAGGCGAAACCACAUGUGGAUACAAAUCAAUUAAAGCGUCUUUAGUUCUCUGUCCCAUCAUUGCCUCCACCUGUGAGCAGAACAGUGUGUGUGACGAGGAGAAGGCUCGGGUGAAACUGACUUCAGUGUGUUGGAGGAGGGACGACGUCACCUGACUCUUGAUCUGGUUUUUAUUUUCUUUCUUCAGUCACGUCACGAGGCAGGUUUGUUGUUUCCACAGAACCUGUACAAACUGACAUACGGGCCUUUUUUCUGCUAAAAAGCAGAUCUGAAAAAGGAAAUGGAUGAAAUGAUUUCUUUUUAUGAAUUUGUAAAAAUGAUCACCAGAGCUUUAGGAUUUUUUUUUUUUUUGACUGCCGCAGUCUGUCUACAUUUCAUGAGAUUCGUAGUGGUGUGGUUUCAUCACACAGAGCCUGCCUGCUCUGCUCUUUAUCAGCACUGUGUGCUGACAUCCAGCGCCCUCUGGGCCUCCACACAAACACUCCAGAUGGAUCUGAUUUAAUCACGUUCAGGGCAGCAUGAUUUAUAAUUCUGAUCCUGUGCUCUGUCCUCGUCUUAUUUUAACAGCUUUCCAUGUUAGCAUAAAAUGCUGCUCAUCACUGUUCCAGUAAGAACACCUGCUCCACAUUUCCUGGUUCGGCUCUACAGGAAGUCGCUCAGUGACUUCAGGGUGUUCAUUAGUUUCAUGUCUAAUAUGUUUUGGAACUUGGUGGUUUUGUGGAAAUGCAAACUUUGAGGAAGUGUUGGUAACUUAUUAGAUGUCAGUUUGAAGAACACUAUCCAGCGUUAUGUUUUUAAUAUGAAGGUAGCCUACUGUCACAGGGGGGUUUGACUCAGUGCAGUGUGUAAUAUAUUGUAUGCUCACUUUUUAAAUAAAGUUUUUUUUUUAUUAAUAAA